AUGGCACCGAGCAUUCUUGCGUGGAUCGAGCGCCAUGGCAUUGCGCUUGGCGUUGUGCUUAUUGCGGUCACGGGCCUCGGGCUCGGCUUUGCGACCGACGCGACUGACAACAUCCCACAGCCGUACAACCGCCUCUCGUCGAUCGUGGGCUGGGUCUACUUUGCGUGCUGGAGCGUGAGCUUUUGGCCGCAAGUGUUUCUCAACUGGCGCCGCCAAAGUGUCGAAGGCCUCUCGCUCGACUUUCUCGUGUACAACAUUUUGGGCUUUGGCUGCUACGCGAUCUUCAACAUGGCCUUUUACUGGAGCGCGUCGGUGCAGGACGAGUACAAGCGCUACCACCACGGGCUCCCGAACGCGGUCCAAAUCAAUGACGUCUUCUUUGCCCUUCAUGCGGUCGCGGUGAGCCUACUGACGUACUACCAGACGACCAUUUACACGCGCGGCAACCAAGUGGUUUCGACGACGUGCAAGGUCGCAGUCGCCGUCGGCGUGGUUGCCGCGGCCGUCUUUUGGCGCUCACGGUCCUCCACGCUCAGCUUCCUCUACCUCCUCAGCUACAUCAAGCUCGCCGUGUCGCUUGUUAAGUACAUUCCGCAAGUGUACCUCAACUACAAGCGCCAGCUCACGAUCGGCUGGACGAUUUGGAACGUGCUGCUUGAUUUUUCCGGCGGCCUCCUCUCGGUGUUGCAGCUCGUCAUGACGAGCUCGGUGACGCACGACUGGACCGCCGUGACAGGCGACCCCGUCAAGUUUGGCCUCGGCUUUACCAGCGUCUUCUUCGACAUUAUCUUCAUGGUGCAGCACUACGUUUUGUACCACGCCAACAAUGUGAGCUCGUCGGAAAACGAACAGUCACCACUACUCCACCGUCUCUAA